AUGCAAUCAUCAUCUGUAAUAAAUUCAUCAAAUAAUCAAAACUAUUUUCCUUCACAAGAAGAUCGUACACAUAUUUAUCAAUUGUUAAAUGAAUUAGAUAAUGAUCAAUUACGUUUAAUUCUUACAAAACAUUUACGAAAUUCUUCAAUACUAAAUGAAAUACAACAUUAUACACGUACACGACUAUUUCAAGAAUGUUUUACACUUAUUGAGAAUUGUUAUACAAGUGAAUUAGAACAAACAUUACUGGCUUUAAGACAAAAACGUUGUCCACCGGAUUUUUAUCAACAGCAACAACAACAACAAACACAAGCAACUUUUCGAGCAUCAUACAAUCAAGAACAACCAGCUUAUUAUACACAUACAACAAUACAAUAUAGUGGACAACCAAACUAUCGUUUACCGUCGUCAACGGCAAUACCACAACAUCCACGAGCAACUCGACCGAAUUUAAAUCCUCCUCAAUCAACUAAUGGUAAUGAUCUUCGUCCUCCUCAACAACCUUCAUAUAUAACUUCUGUUAUUCCUCAUCCACAACAUAUAAGAUCUUCAUCUCCUUCAACUGCAUCUAUGGCAAAUAAAUCAUCUACAUCUGUUAUUCAACAAUAUCAAAUUCCAAUAUUAUCUGCGCCACCGUUUGUCCAAACAGCUUCAUCUUCUACUCAUCAAACUCCUAUUUUACCUGCAACAAGUAAUUCACAACAGUCAACAAAUAAUUCACAGCAUUCAACAAAUAAUACGCAGCAUUCAACAAAUAAUUCACAACAUUCAACAAAUAAUUUACAAUAUUCAAUAAUGAAUAAAAUAAAUUAUAAAAAUUUACCAUUUUAUCAAAUAAUAACAUGUGUUUAUGAACGUUAUAAUAUAUUUCAUUAUGAUACAUAUAGAAAACAGAAUUCAUCAUAUGACGAAUUUAUUUUACCAUUAGAUGUAUGUAAUCAAUUAGGUUUAUCAUAUGAUUAUGAUCCUAGUCUUAAUCUUCAUAAAACAAAUAAAUGUCUUUUAUUACGUCUUGCACGUAUUGAUCAACCAGCAACAUUUCAUGGACAAUAUGAAGAUAAUCUUCCACCAAAUUUAGUUGUUAUUGUUAAUGGACAUAGUUUAACAAAUUUACCUUUACCAAAAGCUUCUACACGACAACAAAGUGAUUUGAUACGUAUUGGUCGUGAAGUUGAUAUAACAUCAUAUAUUAUGUUUAAUCCAAUAUUAAAAAAUGAAAUUCGAAUAACAUGGUCAUAUCGCCUAGAUAAUACAAGUUUACAUGUACAAUAUGCUAAUGCUAAAUAUGCAUUACAUAUAUUUCUUGUUGAACACUUAACAAUUGAUAAACUAUGUGAUAAAAUUAUAAAAAAACCAUCGAAAUUUUAUCGUCAAGAUUUAGUCAAAUUAUUAGCUAAAGCACGUGCUAGAGAUCGUGAUCUUGGUUUAGAAGUUAGUGAUCAAAAAUUAAAAUUAACAUGUCCAAUUGAUCAAAGACGUCUAAGAAAACCUGUACGGGCAACAACUUGUCAUCAUUUACAAUGUUUUGAUUUAACAAAUUAUAUUGCUUUAAAUGAAAAGUCAAACAAAUGGAUAUGUCCUGUUUGUAAUAAAUCAGCUUUAUAUGAAGAUUUACAAAUUGAUUCAUAUACAGAAUCAAUAUUAAAUUCAAUAAAAAAUGAAAAUAUAGCCGAAAUAACAAUUAAUCCUGAUCUUCAAUGGAUACCGGUCCUACAAUCGAAAAUAGAAAAUGAAUCAGUUGGUUCUGAUUCAAACAUAAAUUUAACUUCAUCAUCACAUGAUCCUAUUUUAAUUGAUGAUUAA